UACGCUCAUCCUUCACACUGGCUGCAUUGUGUGGGGAUGGGCUCAGGUGGGGUCUGGAGGAGCACGAGGGAAUCAACCCAAGAAAGGAUGCGGUCUCCGUAGAAACUGGUGCUGAUGAUGCUACGCCCCGGCAUCUCUCUGCUGGCCAGUUUGCGGUGGAUGAUAUAGAGAAGCGAGGGAGUUCUUUUCUCCGCUCGCCCGUACAAGGAUCCCUCACCUUCGUUUUUUUGUGCAGUUACCCUAUUUCCCGAGGAUACCCAAGUGCCCCCCCAGCGGUAGCGUUCCACCAUGGCUCAUGCAGCCUCGCAGCUCAAGAAGAAAGCGGAUUUGGACCUCAAUGCGGCAGAGGAGGAGAAGGAGAAGGAGAGAGAGAAGGAGAGGAAGAGGAAGACGAGGAAGCGGUCGCGGGAUCUCAAGAAGAAGUCGGACAGCAAUGCCAGCUACCUGAGGGCAGCUCGGGCGGGCAAUUUGGAGAAGGCCCUCGAUUACCUGAAGUCGGGGGUUGACAUCAACAUCUGCAACCAGAAUGGGUUGAAUGCCCUCCAUCUCGCCUCCAAGGAGGGUCACGUGGAGGUCGUUGCGGAGCUCAUCAAGCUGGGAGCAAACAUCGAUGCAGCUACCAAGAAAGGAAACACGGCUCUGCACAUAGCCUCGCUGGCCGGCCAGACGGAUGUGGUGAAGGAGUUGGUCACCAACGGUGCCAACGUGAACGCACAGUCCCAGAAUGGCUUCACGCCGCUCUACAUGGCUGCCCAGGAGAACCAUCUGGAAGUGGUGCAGUUUCUUCUGGACAACGGCGCCAGCCAGAGCAUCGCCACAGAGGAUGGCUUCACCCCACUGGCAGUGGCUCUGCAGCAGGGUCAUGACCAGGUGGUCUCCCUGCUGCUGGAGAACGACACCAAGGGCAAGGUGCGGCUGCCCGCGCUGCACAUCGCUGCCCGAAAGGAUGACACCAAGGCGGCUGCGCUGCUGCUGCAGAACGACCACAAUGCAGACGUGGAGUCCAAGAUGAUGGUGAAUAGAACGACGGAGAGCGGAUUCACCCCGCUGCACAUUGCGGCGCACUACGGCAACAUCAACGUGGCUACGCUACUGCUGAACCGUGGGGCGGCCGUGGACUUCAAGGCAAGGAACGACAUCACACCUCUGCAUGUGGCGUCGAAAAGAGGAAAUGGAAAUAUGGUGAAACUGCUGUUGGACCGGGGAGCCAAAAUUGAUGCCAAAACUAAGGAUGGACUGACACCGUUACACUGUGGAGCUAGAAGUGGACAUGAGCAAGUGGUGGAGAUGCUUCUGGACCGUGGCGCUCCCAUUCUCUCCAAAACAAAGAAUGGGCUGUCCCCAUUGCACAUGGCCACGCAAGGGGACCAUCUGAACUGUGUCCAGCUCCUGCUCCACCACGACGUGCCCGUGGACGACGUCACCAACGACUACCUGACAGCACUGCAUGUAGCGGCGCACUGUGGACACUACAAGGUGGCCAAGGUCAUCGUGGACAAGAAGGCCAACCCCAAUGCCAAAGCACUGAAUGGUUUUACGCCACUUCACAUCGCUUGCAAGAAGAACCGUAUUAAAGUGAUGGAGCUGCUGCUGAAACACGGCGCGUCCAUACAAGCCGUGACCGAGUCGGGACUCACGCCAAUUCAUGUGGCGGCCUUCAUGGGACAUGAAAAUAUUGUGAGUCAGUUGAUAAACCACGGAGCCUCGCCAAACACAACUAAUGUGAGGGGAGAGACAGCCCUUCACAUGGCGGCCCGGGCCGGGCAGACAGACGUGGUCAAGUUCUUGGUGCAGAAUGGGGCACGGGUGGAGGCCAAGGCCAAGGAUGACCAGACCCCUCUGCACAUCGCCAGCCGCUUGGGGAAGGCUGAAAUCGUCCAGCAGCUCCUGCAGCACGGGGCAUCGCCCGAUGCCGCCACCACCUCGGGCUACACUCCCCUGCACUUGGCAGCACGCGAGGGGCACGAGGACGUGGCGUCGGUGCUGCUGGAUCACGGCGCCCUGCUGUCCGUCACCACCAAGAAGGGAUUCACUCCUCUACACGUGGCCGCUAAAUAUGGGAAGAUUGAAGUUGCUAAUCUCCUCCUCCAGAAGAGCGCACCUCCGGAUGCUGCCGGAAAGAGCGGUCUAACUCCACUGCAUGUAGCCGUGCACUACGAUAACCAGAAAGUGGCCCUUCUCCUGCUGAACCAAGGAGCCUCCCCCCACGCUUCUGCCAAGAAUGGCUACACCCCCCUGCACAUCGCUGCCAAGAAGAAUCAGAUGGACAUCGCCACCACGCUGCUGGAGUAUGGGGCAGACACCAAUGCCGUCACCCGGCAGGGCAUCAGCCCCGUGCACCUGGCCGCACAGGAGGGCAACGUCGACAUGGAGUCGCUGCUGCUCUCCAGGAACGCCAACGUCAACCUGUGCAACAAGAGUGGCCUGACGCCCCUCCAUUUAGCAGCUCAGGAGGACAAAGUGAAUGUGGCGGAAGUUCUAGUCAAUCAAGGGGCGACCAUUGACCCCGAAACAAAGAUGGGAUACACUCCGCUGCACGUGGCCUGUCACUACGGCAAUGUCAAAAUGGUGAACUUCCUCCUGCAGAACGCGGCUAAGGUCAACGCCAAAACAAAGAACGGGUACACACCCCUCCACCAGGCGGCGCAGCAGGGACACACCCACAUCAUCAACCUGCUGCUACAACACGGUGCCUCGCCCAACGAGCUGACUGUGAAUGGCAACACCGCCCUGUCCAUUGCCCGGCGGCUCGGCUACAUUUCUGUCGUGGACACUCUGAAGGUGGUGACCGAGGAAACCUUAACCACCUUGACUGUGACAGAGAAGCAUAAAAUGAAUGUCCCAGAAACAAUGAAUGAAGUGCUGGACAUGUCAGAUGAUGAAGUUCAUAAAGCCAAUGUACCCGAAAUUCUCAGUGAGGACUAUAUUUCAGAUGUUGACGAAGGCGACGACGCCAUGACUGGGGACACAGAGAAGUACCUCGGGCCCCAGGACCUCAGGGAGUUGGGGGACGACUCGCUCCCUCAGGAAGGCUACAUGGGCUUCAGCAUUACGGCUCGCUCUGCCAGCCCUAAAGUCAGUUCGGAUAGGUCCAACACACUCAACAGAAGCUCGUUCACCCGUGACAGCAUGAUGAUAGAGGAGAUGCUGGCCCCUUCCAAGGACGGGUUUCAGAGCGACUGUAGAGACCUUUCCUUUGUUGUUGAGCAUCAAAAUAAGCACCUGGCGGCAGCCAGGGAGUAUGACACGGAUUCGCUGAGGCGAUACAGCUGGACCGCGGACGCCCUUGACAACGUCAACCUGGUGUCCAGCCCCAUCCACUCUGGCUUUUCGUCUCCACUCCCCCAGUAUGAUUCCAGGUUCCUGGUCAGCUUCAUGGUGGACGCCCGCGGGGGUUCCAUGAGGGGCAGCCGCCACAACGGCAUGCGCAUCAUCAUCCCGCCACGCAAGUGCACGGCACCCACACGCAUCACUUGCCGCCUGGUCAAGAGGCACAAGCUGGCCUGCCCACCGCCCAUGGUGGAAGGGGAGGGCCUCGCCAGUCGGCUAGUGGAGGUCGGACCAGCUGGGGCCCAGUUCCUGGGCCCCGUGAUUGUGGAGAUCCCCCACUUUGCCUCGCUGCGUGGGAUCGAGCGGGAGCUGAUCGUGCUGCGGAGUGAGAAUGGCGAGAUGUGGAAAGAGCACCAGUAUGACUGCAAAACUGAAGACCUCAGUGAUCUUCUUAAUGGGAUGGAGGAAGAACUAGACAGUGCAGACGAACUUGAGAAGAAGAGGAUCUGUCGCAUCGUCACCAAGGAUUUCCCCCAGUACUUUGCAGUUGUGUCUCGAAUCAAGCAGGAGAGCAACCAGAUGGGUCCGGAAGGCGGUGUUCUGUCCAGCAAGACGGUGCCCCUGGUACAGGCGUCCUUCCCAGAAGGAGCACUGACGAAGAAGAUUCGGGUUGGCCUGCAGGCUCAGCCUGUUCCAGAUGAUAUUGUGAAGAAGAUCCUGGGAAACAGGGCCACCUUCAGCCCAAUUGUGACUGUGGAACCCAGAAGGAGGAAGUUCCACAAACCCAUUACCAUGACGAUCCCCGUACCGCCUCUGUCGGGGGAAGGGGUCACCAACGGCUACAAAGGGGACAGCACACCCUGUCUCCGCCUCCUCUGCAGCAUCACAGGAGGCACCUCACCAGCCCAAUGGGAAGACAUCACUGGCACCACGCCUCUUACUUUCGUAAAUGACUGUGUUUCCUUCACCACCAACGUGUCUGCAAGAUUUUGGCUUGCCGACUGCCAUCAGAUUCCGGAAACUGUGGGACUGGCCUCCCAGCUUUACAGGGAACUGAUCUGUGUUCCGUACAUGGCCAAGUUCGUAGUGUUUGCCAAGAUGAACGACCCAGUUGAGGCUCACUUGCGAUGCUUCUGCAUGACUGAUGACAAAGUGGACAAGACCUUGGAGCAACAGGAGAACUUUGAAGAAGUGGCUAGAAGCAAAGAUAUCGAGGUCUUGGAGGGAAAGCCAAUUUACGUGGAUUGCUAUGGCAACUUGGCCCCUCUGACAAAAGCAGGCCAACAACUGUUUUUAAGCUUUUAUGCAUUCAAGGAAAACAGACUGCCUUUUUCUGUGAAGGUCAGAGACAACAGUCAAGAACCUUGCGGAAGACUUUCCUUCUUGAAAGAGUCAAAAACUACAAAGGGACUUCCACAGGCUGCUGUGUGCAACCUAAACAUCACACUGCCAGUUCAUAAAAAGGAAAUGGAGUCAGACCCAGAUGAAGAGACUGAAAAACAAGACCGCCGUCAAACCUUUGCAUCUCUAGCCUUACGUAAGCGCUACAGCUAUCUGACUGAGCCUGCCAUGAAAACAGUUGAACGAAGUACAACAAGAACACUGCCUCCUGGUUACGCUCACAAACCUGUCUUUUCAACAAGAUCUUACCAGGCAUGGUCGGCUGCUCCUAUUACCGUCCCUGGGCAAGCAAAAUCUGGAUUGGGUUCCCUCUCCAGCUCGCCGUCCAACACGCCAUCUGCUUCGCCAUUAAAGUCAGUCUGGUCAAUUUCCUCUGCUUCGCCAAUCAAGUCCACCUUAGGAGCAUCAACUGCGUCUUCAGUCAAAUCAGUUAACGAUAUUGCGUCUCCCAUCAGAUCUUACAGAACUCUUUCCUCCCCAAUUAAGACUGUAGUUCAUCAACCCCAGUAUUCAGUACAGGUUUCAUCUUCACCAUUAUCCUCACCAGCAAAAACUGGGCCAGAUUCUGUGCCUAUUAAAGGACUUUCACCACUGCCUUCAAGGACUUCACUAUCUUCAACUGCUGGGUCGCUACUAGAAAGGUCUUCAAUUUCUAUGACCCCACCUGCAUCACCAAAGUCAACAAUAAACAUGUAUAGUUCAAGUUUGCCCUUUAAAUCUGUAAUGGCUUCCACGACAUCUGUGAUAUCUUCUCCUGUUAAAUCAGCAUCUGGCCUCACCUCAGUGAAACCAUCUACAGAUACAGCAGUAACAUCGAAAACAAUUAAAUCCACAUUUGGUUCUGCCGACGCAGCUCUGGUCAACGGGUCGGUCUCAUCCAUUAAAUAUCCCUCCUCGACUCUUCUGUCUGGUGGAGCCCACAGUCUGCAGGAAAGGAUACAAGCAACCACCCAUGCAGCAACAUCUAGUGUUAGUUCAGCCAUUGAUGAGGCUGAAAAAACCUUUAGCUCCUGUGCUGCAUCGGGAUACGGCACACUGAAAUACUUGUCCUCAUCAGCAUCCCCAUCAUACCAGUCAAUAAGGUCCCCUGCAUCAGGUUCCAUUUACGGGACUUUGCGUUCUGCAGCAUCUUCAACUAGCUCUGCAACAUCCAGUACAAUAACUGUCCCAGUGUUUUCUGCAGUGAACACAGAGGCACAACUGAGAACUGUCCCUGAUGGGACUGCUGUCAUAAAGCCAACAACCUCACAGCAGUCACCUCUGAGGGCUACACCUGCUGAAUCACGUGCACAGUCUUCUUUUUCCAGAACCCACUCGCCCCUUAAAUCUACUCUUUUCAUUUCGCCAGCCACUAUUAAUGAGGCUGCUUCAUCUUCAUUAUCAUCCAGUCAGGAGAUAUUGAAGGAUGUUGCAGAAAUGAAAGAGGACUUAAUAAGGAUGACUGCCAUCUUGCAGACAGACAGCAGUUCAGCUGGUAAAAGCUUCCAAUCUGAUGUUUCAAAAGAGCCUAAAAUUGAGGAUGAGGAGCCAUUUAGCAUUGUUGAGAAAGUCAAGGAAGACCUGGUUAAAGUUAGUGAAAUUCUUACAAAGGAUGCACUUAGUGAAGGAAAAACUUGCAUUAAAGCUAGGACACCUGAGGAUGACUGGGUAGAGUUUUCCCAAGAUGAGAUAGAGGAAGCUAAGCAAAAUGUACACAUAGGUUCUCCAGGUUUUGACACCGAAUAUGAACCAGGUAGAUCCAGAAAAGAUUUUAGUUAUGCAAAGGUGGUUGACUACCUGACAAAAGACAUUGAUUCUAGCACCCUUUCACAAAUGACUGACUUAAAGACCAGGUAUGAUGAAGUGAAAAAUGAGGGGGAGGAAAAACAGAAACGUAUUCUCAAGCCUGGCAUUGCAUUGCAAGAGCAUAAACUUAAAAUGCCACCCCCAGGCAUGCGUUCCUCAGCUUCGGAGAAGGAACUUUGGAAACUUGGAGAAUCUGCAUUUGGAACUGAUGCCAUUCUGGAAUCUCCAGAUGACUUUUCACAUGACCAGGAUAAAAGUCCUCUGUCAGAUAGUGGUUUUGAAACAAGAAGUGAAAAAACACCUUCAGCCCCUCAAAGUGCAGAGAGCACUGGACCCAAGCCACUGUUCCAAGAUGUGCCCAUUCCUCCAGUCAUCACAGAGACACGCACAGAGGUGGUUCAUGUCAUAAGAAGUUACGAGCCCACUGAAGAAGUCCAGGAACCUAUAAUGGAAGACACUGAGAUGCUGAAGACACCAGCAUGCAUUGACUCUGAACAAAAAGCUGGAUCCAUAAAAGACAAAGUAAAGGCAUUUCAAAUGAAAGUUAACACAGAGGAAGACUCUGUUGUGAGCAAAAGCAUGCGUGUUAAAGAAGAAACCCAUAUCACAACCACAACUCGAAUGGUGUAUCACAAGCCAUCUGCUAAAGAAGUUACCUCUGAGAGGAUUGAGGAAACAAUGUCAGUUAGAGACAUAAUGAAAGCAUUCCAGUCUGGUCGAGAUCCCUCCAAAGAACUAGCUGGCUUGUUUGAGCACAGGACUGGCAGUGAAUCUCACAAAGGAAAUGAAAUAUCUCCAAGGUUUCUUGAAAAAGAGAUUAAACCAAAACCAAAAGUUGAAAGGAUCAUUGAGGUCCAUAUUGAGAAAGGUAACAAGACUGAACCAACAGAAGUUAUUAUUCGUGAAACUAAAAAACACCCUGAUAAAGACAUGUAUCUCUAUAGAGGGGGUCGUGGAAUAAAAGAACUACCAGAAAAACUAGAUGGCUAUGAUGAAACACAACAGGAAGAAGAGGAGAUCACUGCAGAGGAAUCCCUACCCUCAUAUUUGGAAUCAUCCAGAGUGAACACUCCAGUCUCUCAGGAAGAAGACAGCCGUCCAAGUUCAGCACAGCUAAUCACUGACGACUCAUAUAAAACCUUGAAACUGCUGAGCCAGCACUCAGUUGAAUAUCAUGAUGAUGAGUUAUCAGAAUUAAGGGGAGAGUCAUAUAGAUUUGCUGAAAAAAUGCUCCUUUCUGAAAAAAUAGAUGUCUCUCACUCUGACACAGAGGAGUCUGUCACUGACCAACCUCAUACUCUGAGCUCAGAGAUGCAAGGCGGUAGGUGUUUUUAUGGGGAGAAAAUGCCUGGUGGUCCAAGGAAGGAAUUCAUUUUUAAGUCCUCAAAGGAUGCCUCAGAUAAACCAGGUAAACUUGGCCAUAAGGAUGAACCUUUUGAAAAACUGACUGUGUUGCAUUACAGCACAGAACCUGGUAGCCCAAAGCACGCUGUGUGGAUGCAUAUCACUGAGGACAGACUUGACAAAAACAGGGAAAAACUCAUUUAUGAAGAUAGAGUAGAUCGAACUGUAAAGGAGGCAGAGGAAAAGCUAAGUGAAGUCUCUCAGUUCUUUCGUGACAAAACAGAGAAGCUAAAUGAUGAACUUCAGUCCCCAGAGAAGAAGCCACGGAAAAAAGACCCCAGGGAAACCCGAUCUGGACCUAGUUCUACUUGCAGUAGUCCUGAGAAAAUGCAACAAAAGAAUGGUAUGAGCACUGAGGAGUGGAGUAAGAACAAGUUGAGAGAAGCAUCCAUAGGAAAACUUUUUGGCACCUCAAAUGACAGAAAAUGUGCUAGUUUACCUAACAGCCCUGAAAGGAGAGUGCUUUCCUGCUUCAGUGAUGACAAAACAAAACAGGAUGAUGGUGUAUCACAGAGCAAGGUAGGGGCAUCCUCCUCACCUUUCUUGCAAAAGACAUCUAAAGUGAGCUCUGUAAGACAAAAAUUUGAAUCUGAGGCUCAGAAACAAGACAGGACUCCUCAGUGGGGACAGACAAAGCCUCCGGUGAGAAAACUGCAGGAAAGUAAACUUCCUGUGUAUCAGUUCUUUGCUGCAUCAAAAUCUUCCAAAUCAGCUGAUAACACUGAUGAAGGAGGUCUUUCCAGGAAAGGUCCAGAAAGCGAGAAAGGCAAGGUUGCCACAGGCCAUAGCUCUGACAUUAAGUGCCAGAUCCCUUCAGUUCCCUCAAAACCACAGAGUGAGAAAGUUACAAGCAGAAGCAUUCCAGAAGUAACACCUCCAAAACCCCUGCUAGGGGAGAAGGACAAAGUACUGGGUGCAGGUAAAGAAAAAAAAACUUUCAGGACAUUGGAAAGCCAUGAAAAUGUUAACGGUAAAUCUCAGAAGGAUAAAAUAUCUCGGACUCUAGUUCUUGACACAACAAAGGACAGAGACGAUCAAAGUGCUAGGCAAAACCUUGGCACACCAUGUUCCGAGUUUACUCCAAGUUCCUCAAUGCAAAAAGGCACAGAAGAUAUUGACAGCAAAGUUGCACAAAGCAGGACUCUUAAAAAGAAGAUGGACUCACAGAUUCCUGUGCUUAUGCCAUCUUGCACCUUGGACCAUGAUGAGUCCAGAAAGACAAAGAGAGACUCUUUAUUUAAGACCUCGGGAAGCAGUACUUCACAGAUACCCACUUUAGCUAAAAACCAACUUCAGGAUUGUUUAGAAGCAGGUGCAUCGAGGUUUGAGCCUUUGUCAGUAAAAUCCGUAGAUUCUUUAGAAUGCAACGUAAUGAAAAAUGCCCUUUUUAAAGACAUUACUGAUCCUACUCAAGUUGAGUGCAUGGAGAAAAUAGCACCUACUGUGACCACAGAAAGUUUUAAAGAUGUUAAAACUUUACCAGUUUAUGUUGGUAUUCAAGUGGGUAUGCAAUCCGAGAAAGAAAAUACAAGUAUACAGCAGGGAUCUCAUAAAAAGAUUCUGAUUAGUCAAGAAAGUCGCACUGUUCCGGAGACCCGAGGAGGAUUUUAUCCAGUAAAACAGAAGCAACCUCCAUCCCCUCAAGGGAGCCCAGAAGACGACACCCUAGAGCAAGUAUCUUUUUUGGACAGCUCUGGGAAAAGUCCUCUCACCCCAGAGACUCCUAGCUCAGAGGAAGUGAGUUAUGACCUUACCAAGACUCCUGAUUCAUUCAAUGGUUUCAUGCCAAGUAAACCCAGCCCAAUCCCUGAAGUUUCAGAAGAAUCGGAAGACGAUGACCAAGGAAAAGUAUUUUCCUUCAAAGAGUGUCCACCUGAUAAACCAAAGUCUCCUAUUGCAGAGGAUGCAGUUGGAAACAAGGAGGCAGGAAAGAGCACAAAGGAUAAAAGAGUUGCUUAUAUUGAAUUUCCCCCACCCCCACCUCUGGACUCAGAACAGUCAGAUCCUGACAAAAAAGGGUCUUGCCCUUCUUCAGAGGCUGACACAGAAAUGAUGGAGGUCAAUCUCCAAGAGGAGCAUGACAAGCAUCUUCUUGCUGAACCAAUCAUUAGAGUGCAGCCUCCAUCUCCUGUGCCCCCUGGGGCAGAUGAUAGUGAAUCUAGUGAUGAUGAAUCUGUCUUUCAACCUGUUAACUUCAAAAAGUAUACCUUUAAGAUAUCUGAUGACAAAGAAGAGAAGGUUUCCAAAUCCAAGAAGCAUGAAAAAAACAGUAACCACAAGGAAUCUGGUGGCAGUGCAGCAAAAGGAGAUGAUUUUGAUUUGGAGCAAAAUGGAAAUGAUCAGUCAGUCACAGAUUGCUCAAUAGCCACAACAGCAGAGUUUUCACAUGACACAGAUGCUACAGAAAUUGAUUCAUUAGAUGGAUAUGAACUUCAAGAUGAGGAUGAUGGAUUAAUGGAGCUAGACCCUAAACAACCAAGUUUGUCCAGUGAUAUUAGAAAAGACAUUUGGACAACUGAGAGCAUAUUAAAGCCAUGUGAUCGUUCUUUUAGUCAAACCAAGCUCGAAGUCAUUCAGGAAGAAGAAAGGGUAAUAAAUGAAGAUGGAAUCAAAAGAAAAGCUAGGAGUGAAUCAUAUGACAAAAAAUCAGAUAAUGGAAAAGAUGGAAAAAGCUUCACUGUGGAAAGAAGACAACCUGAAAAAGAAGGAUUUGCUGAUACUUACUUUAGCUACAAACUAGAGGAGGAAUUUAAUACCCCUUUCAAGACCAUUGCAACUAAAGGCCUGGACUUUGAUCCCUGGUCCAGCAAAGGAGGAGAUGAUGAAGUCUUUGAUCCUAGAAUAAAAGAUGAUGAGCCCAAGCCUUUUGGAUUAGCAGCAGAGGAUAGGUCUCAAGCAACUUCACCAGACACAACCCCUGCCAGAACACCAACUGAUGAAAGCACUCCAACUAGCGAGCCUAACCCUUUCCCCUUCCGUGAAGGGAAGAUGUUUGAAAUGACUCGCAGUGGUGCAAUUGACAUGAGCAAGCGGGAUGUUCUUGAAGAAAGACUACAGUUUUUUCAGAUUGGUGAGCAUUCCUCUGAAGGGAAGUCAGGGGAGAGAGGGGAAGGGACCCAAAAACCAGGUGUAGUUAUCUCACAGACACAGCCAGUGGAGAAGGUUGUAGAAAUCAAGGUUAAGGCCCCCACAGACACAAAAGCGGCCACAUACCGUGUCAUUCAUGUCAGUACAGAUUCUUCGGACACAUCAUCUGGCGACAACAUUGCGGAGACCUCCUCGUGCACAGUAAUGGCUGAUUCUAAAUUGCGCACUCCGAUUAAGAUGGGAAUCACAGCUUCCAUUACUGUGAAAAAAGAUGGUCUUGUGGAACUGACUGAUUCUAAAGAUGAGCAAUCAGAAAGUCAGAUUCUAGAAUGCACAGAUCUACAACCACGUGCAGAAAGUCAGCCUGGCAGAGAGAAAGAUGUCUCAAAUUCGUUAGAACAAAGAUCUUACCCAACAGAGAAUUGUAAUAACAACAAUAAUCUUGAGUCCUCAAACAUCCAGGCCAACUCAAUUGAGUGUGGCAGUGUGAUAUUUAAUUUGCAGUCAUCAUCAGAGCCCACACUUCAGCAGGCACAUAGGAUAGAUGCUUUGCUCUGUGGGAGCUCAGAGAGAGUUGAGGAGAAUAGAGUGCUGAGGGAACAAACAAACACAAAUGAAUCCAAGAGAACUGCAAUGAAACAGCCAAAAUCCAGGCUGCCAAUUAAAGCACCGAGCCCUUCAUUAUGCACAAAAGCCACUGUGGUGGGAAAGCAGAAGUUGAAACAACCAGUUAAACCAGAGGCAAGGAAGAGACUAGAUCACAGUGCCUCUUUACUGCCUAAAUCUAGGAUCCCCAUAAAAGAAGUUAAAGGAGGCAAACUGAGUAGCCCUGUGGCAAUGCAAAGGGUGCCUAAAUCAGGAAAGGAAGAGAAGGAGAAGUCAAGGCAGACACCUUCCAGAUUGCCAGUUAAAGACAGGUCCAGCUGUAGCUCUGACAGCAGAUCUGGUAGUAAAACAGGCAGUAGGCCCUUCAGUGAGGCCUGCAAACACUCCACUGGGCACUCUAAAGGUAGUAGCAGUGAGAUAAUAAAACCUGUGGAAUGCAUAUCUGGUGAAGAGAAAAGGUUGCAGUCAGAAUUGACCGAUGAUGAAGACAGCACUUCAAGAACCACCUCACUGUCAGAAGCCUCUCAACCGUCGAGGUCCACUAGGUCCGCUGAGGUGACAUCCGUAGCAGCAAAGGUCGGAAAGGCCGGCAGUGAGAGAAGGAGAAGUAGGCGCACUGGUGGCAGUCAGGUUGCUGGGCCCCAAGAGGCUCCCGUCGCGGAGACCAAGCCUAGUCCACACAGUCCCUGUGAGAGGACGGAUCUUCGGAUGGCUAUAGUAGCUGAUCAUCUUGGCUUAAGUUGGACUGAGCUGGCCAGGGAAAUGAACUUCUCUGUGGAAGAAAUCAACCACAUCCGAGUGGAGAACCCCAACUCGUUGACAGCACAGAGUUUCAUGCUAUUAAAGAAAUGGGUUAGCAGAGAUGGCAAAAAUGCCACAACGGAUGUCUUAACUGCAAUACUGACUAAGAUCAAUCGGAUGGAUAUUGUGACGUUGCUGGAAGGGCCAAUAUUUGACUACGGUAACAUUUCAGGAACCAGAUGUUUUGCAGAUGAUAGCGCAGUUUUCCGGGAUCAGGCUGAUGGGUACCACAACAUCGAACUGGAGCUGCAGACUCCCACAGAACUGAGCUACGAACCCCCAACCCCGCUUCGGCAGGACGAUUUUUUUAGUGAAGAGCAUAGUGUAGACUCUCCCAGUAGGACCACCUGUAGGCCUACCAAUCUGCCCCUGCCCCAGCAACCCUUCAGGUUCCCAGCUGACAUGGAACCUGCCUCUGUGGCAGGUAGCAAUUUGAAAGACUGGGAGGAAACCUCCAAGGAAGAAGAUGCAACAGCUGUCCACAAAUCUACCCCACCACCUGAGCAGCAUCCCACUGAGUGGGGGGUGGGGGAUAGAGGAAUUUUUGUGGAGCAGAAGGAGCCCAGAGAGCCAAGGCCACCAGGUGGUGCCUUCACCAUCCCACCCCUUGGGCCCCGUGCAGUGAGGGAGAGCAGCGAGUCCAGUUCUGAUGAGGAAGAGGAAGAAGUGACGCGGGAGAAAAUGAAGUUACUCUUGGAGGACGUUAAGCUGGAUGAAGGUUCAGAGGGCGAGGAGAUGACAGAAGAGAGGGUGCAGGCUAUUCUCUCUGAAGUGAAACAGGCAGAAAAAGAUAUAUCUUCACUUACAGGUUGGAAAAGCGAGACCUCAGGCGUUAAGGUGCAGUCUACCACCCCUGGUUAUAGUUUACACUCUGGCUUGGUAGAUCAAGAGGAAAGUAGCCAAGAGCACUCCAUCUCCUCCUUCAAAGAGGAAGCAGUGAGGCCUGAACAAAAUGGCGAGCAUCCGGGCGCCAUCACUAAGGCUGGCCUACUUCCUGCAGCACAGGACGCAGCCAAUGGCCAGACCCCUGGAGACACCGCAAAGCAGACAGCAGCUCCAGUCCAGGAGGCCAGCAGCUAUACCAUGGAGGACAGCAGGACAGAAGGAAGCAGGCAUGAUGAGAUGCUUGUGUCUGAGGACAAUGUCCAGGAGCACACGCAUAAAGAGUCCAGCUCGGACGAAGAACGAACCGUCACUACGAGGGUAAUCCGUCGGCGGGUGAUUCUGAAGGGAGACCAGGCGAAAAACAUUCCUGGAGAAUCAGUGACAGAGGAACAGUUCACGGAUGAGGACGGUAACAUCAUCACCAGAAAAGUCAUCAGAAAAGUAAUCCGCCGUGUGAUUACUUCAGAUGACAGAAGCCAGGAGAGGGGGAGAAGAGAAGGGGACUUCAAGCAGACUUACAAAUUCGAGGAGGGGGCCAGCUCUGAGGUCUUAGAAACUCAGAGGGCCAGAGCUCAGCCGGGAGAAGGUGCAAAGUCAAAGAAGAAAGAGGCAAAGCAUGGAGAGAAAAAGAUCCAGUCAUAACGGUCCCUGAGCUCUAACUGGUUUGCAAAAUGUUUUACAGAACUCUUCCUGGGGGGCAAUUACUGGAAACCCAAACACCAGACACGGGCAGACAGAAUGCGUAUCAGCAGCUUUCACACAAACGCAUGGUUUUCUGAAAGAGGACUUUUUUUGAUUUCGCAUGAGCAUGACCCUCACUUCCUGUCAAUGACCUGGAGCAUCAGAAGCAGUGGCCUGUUUGGUCACGAUGUCAAGAACCCAAGCGAGAUGUUCCUUAGCAUCCAAAACAUGAAGAAUGGCAAUGUUAACAGCUGAAGCAGCACCUGAGUAAAUAUUUCUGUGACCAAAGAUGGCACAAAGGAAAAAAAAAAAAAUCUGAUUGGUGAAAACAGAUUGGUGAAACAGAGGAAUACUUUUAAAAUCAACUUCUAUACUCGCCUUAUAUUUUUCUUCAACCCAUAAUAUGGGGAUAUAAAAUGCUGUUUUUUUUUUUUUAAACAAAAUUAUCAGUGAUCUUGCUGUAUAUACAUUAAACUGUAUAAAUUCUACAAUUAGUAGCUCACAGAUUGUGAAGGCACUGACUAACGAUAUCUUUCCAAGUACAUUGGAAUUAAAUGCCAAUACUGGUUCCACUUUUAUUGGAAGGUUUGAGUGUACCUUCACAUGAUCUUGUAUAAUUAUUAGCUGGUGAAAUGUUUGUAAAUUUAAAGAAAAAAAAGGUUGAUUUUAAUGGGAAAUUUCUUUAAAGCCUAUUGUGACUUAAAUUCUCAUGAUGGGAAUAUCUGUAGUUCUGUGAAAAUAUUUCUUCAGAGUGCUAAUAUUUUGAUGCAUGUGAUUCACCUUAUUUUAAUUACAAUUUUUCUAAGUUUGAAAACACUGUAUUAUGAAUAAUAAGAAAGAGAGGUUUGUGUACACACAUAGCCCUAACAUUUGUCACUAUUGCUGGUUUUCUUAAGA